AUGUUCAGCAGUGAAGAAAAGGCAGCAGCACGAACAUGGAUGAUUAUGUGGGGCGGUUUCGACUUUUGUGUCAGCCUGUUCACCUUUCUGAUUUUCAUCGAACGAAAUAGGUUUCGGUUCCUGAACGAUGUGUCUUCUACAUCUCGCUCUGCUUCAUGUUCUACUCAAUAUAAGUAUAAUCUUUCCCUAGUCUGCAAUAUUGGCCAGAGCAUUGUAGAUGAAGCUAAUCAACAGGGCAAGUUAUUUAGUAUUCUAUGGGAGUCAACUAGUCUAUUUUCGCCCCGAACCUAUCCCCUUUGA